UUUAAAACCCAACCCUACUCUCAUUUCCGCCUUCUCUUUCUUCUUUCUCUGUCUCUUUCUUGGUUUUUCUCUGUUAAGGUGCCUUAUACCAACUCGGCCAUUUCAAGUCCAUCUUUUUCAGAGAGAACAUAAAGAGAGAAAAAACAGAGAAAGAAACUAUUUUUAACUAUGGCUCAACAAACUAGCAGUGGAGAUCUGAAUCAGAACCCAAACCCGAGCCAGAACCCGAGCCAGACUCCAAACCAGAACCAAAACCAGCCACAGCAGUGGGCCCAGCCCCAUCAGUAUCAGCAACAAUGGAUGUCCAUGCAGUAUCCUGCUACUGCUAUGGCUAUGAUGCAACAGCAGAUGAUGAUGUAUCCACAGCAUUACAUGUCGUAUGUUCAUCCUCAUCAUUAUCAGCCGCCUCACCAGCAGCAACCGUCUCCACCGCCGAGUACUCAGAGUCAUCAUGGUCAUGGUCAUGGCCAUCAUCCUCAUCACCAGCAGCAGCAUCAGCAGAAACAAGUUUCUCCUGAAGAGAUCAGGACGAUCUGGAUUGGUGACCUUCAUCAUUGGAUGGACGAGACUUUUCUUCAUAACUGCUUUGCUCAUACGGGCGAGGUUGUAUCGGCCAAGGUCAUACGUAAUAAGCAAACUGGUGUCUCGGAGGGAUAUGGAUUUGUCGAGUUCUAUACGCGAGGAACGGCUGAGAAAGUCUUGCAGAACUUUAAUGGUGCUAUGAUGCCAAAUACAGAUCAGGCGUUUCGUCUGAAUUGGGCUACAUUCAGCGCUGGCGGCGGUGGUGGUGGUGAAAGGCGUUCUUCUGAGGCUACUUCUGAUCUCUCUGUUUUUGUAGGAGACUUAGCCAUAGAUGUUACUGAUGCUAUGCUGCAGGAGGUGUUUGCUAGCAGAUUCUCAUCUAUUAAGGGAGCAAAAGUUGUCAUUGAUUCUAAUACUGGUCGUUCAAAAGGUUAUGGUUUUGUUAGGUUCGGUGAUGACAAUGAAAGGACAAGGGCAAUGACUGAAAUGAACGGCGUGUAUUGUUCUAGCAGGCCUAUGCGAGUCGGUGUUGCAACGCCAAAAAAAACUUAUGGCAAUCCACAACAAUAUUCUUCUCAAGCUGUAGUGUUGGCUGGUGGUCACUCGUCUAAUGGUUCUAUGGCCCAAGGUUCCCAAUCUGAAGGGGAUUCUAACAACACAACUAUAUUUGUUGGAGGGCUUGAUUCUGAAAUCAGCGAUGAGGAUCUGAGACAACCAUUUUUGCAAUAUGGCGAUGUUAUCUCUGUGAAAAUUCCAAUCGGUAAAGGAUGCGGCUUUGUUCAACUUGCUGACAGAAAGAAUGCUGAGGAAGCUAUUCAGGGAUUGAAUGGAACAGUGAUUGGGAAGCAGACCGUGCGUCUUUCUUGGGGUCGCAGUCCGGGAAAUAAGCAUUGGAGGAAUAAUGACUCGAAUGGAAACCAUUACGGCGGGCAGGGUUAUGGCGGCCACGGAUACGGAGGCCAUGGAUAUGCUGCUAGACAGAAUCAGGAUAUAGCUAUGCAACAACCUGCUGCUGCAAUUCAAGGGGCUUCGUAACGUUCAUAGCGUGUCGCGUCGCUCCUGGUACUGAAAUAGGAUGGAUUUUAUUGCUCUCAUAAGUGAACUGUAGUAUUAUUUUUAAAGUUGUAGCUGGGUUAUAUGGUACCCAAAGGUGGUUAUUUAUUAAAGAUUAUAUAUUUAAAUGUCUGAAAUUUUGGAUUGAACUUGACCAUAUAAUAUGGCUCGAGUUAUUUUUGGGUUUUUCUUUUUUAAAUCGUUAGUAGACAGCCAAGAUUAUUUUUAAUACUAUCUUUACACAGGAUGAUGAUGUAGUUGAUUGCAUAAACUUGAAAUUGAGUGUAAAGAUUGAACAAUAUAGAAAUAUUUGUUUCA